AUGAAAGCAUCUUUGACGGUAAUUCUAGCAUUUAUCAAGCUUACGCAAUUAGUAUCUGCUGCUGCCAUAGCAAACCCAGAUGUUCAAAUAUCCUUGAAUAUUGAUGGUGAUCAUGUUUCAGUGGACAAGAACGACAACGAAAAGAAGGUCGAAAAGUCCCAACUCAAUUCUAAUAGAUCACUUUUGGAUUACAUGUUUGGAUUCUUGAUGGAUAAUGAGGCCGACAUGAGUAUUGCAGAGAAUAAGAAUAAGAAGCAAGCACUACCUCUUUCAGAUGAACUUAGUGUUCUUACUAUGCAGGAUGAUUAUCAGGUGCCAGACAAGGAUGAUCUCAGGGAUAUCAAUGGUUCCUCCGUUCUAUACAGAGGAGGAGAAUUUGGUGGAUUGGUUUCCUUUGCACAUUUGCCCUAUGCCAACUGCUAUGACCCAGCAGCAUUUGAUGAUGAAAAGUUUGAUAUAGCUGUUGUUGGAGCACCAUUUGAUACUGGAACUUCAUACAGACCAGGAACAAGAUUUGGACCAACUGGAAUCAGAAUGGGCUCCAGAAGAUUGGCUCCGGCCUACUCCGUUUACAGCGGAUUUAAUCCUUACAGUAACUGGGCAAAAAUUGUUGACUGUGGUGAUCCUCCAGUUACUCCUUUGGAUAAUCGUAUUGCAUUGGAUCAGAUCUACCGUGCUGAGAGAGCCAUCCGUAACCAUAAGACUACGGGAAAAAGCAAGCAAAAGGCACCUAAGGUUUUCACACUUGGUGGUGAUCACACCAUUACCCUUCCUGCAGUGAAGGCCGCCUACGAGAAGUAUGGAAAGAUCUCUGUGAUUCAUUUUGAUUCACAUCUUGAUACAUGGAAUCCAUACUACUUCGGUGGUAAUAUCACCAGUUAUCAGGCAAUGAACCAUGGUACAUAUUUGCACUGGGCACAUGAGAAGGGUUACCUCAGCGACAACUGUAUUCAUGCCGCUAUAAGAGGUCCUUAUCCUGGUCCAAGAGAUGUUCAGCACGAUAUCGACUGUGGAUUUGACCGUAUUCUUGCCAGAGAUAUUGAUAAGAUUGGAGCUGACGGAAUUAUUAAGAAAAUCAAGGAGAGAAUUGGUUCCACUGAUGCACCUGUUUACAUCACUGUUGAUGUCGACUCAAUGGAUCCAGCCUUUACACCAGCUACCGGAACUGUUGAGCCAGGUGGAUGGAGUUCCAGAGAGCUUCUUACAGUUCUUGAUGGUUUGGAAGGACUUAAUGUUGUUGGUGGUGAUGUUGUCGAAGUUUCUCCUCCAUAUGACAGUGCAGAAAUUACUUCUUUAGCUGCUGCCCAGGUUGCCGACUCCAUCAUUUCAUUGAUGGUUCUAAAGGAACAGGAGUAA